UGCUAUUGCUUCGAGGAAUCUCUUUCCCCACCACACAAACAAUGCACGCCCGCCACCCCUUUUCCUCUGAAACUUCCUUGUCCGCCCCACCUUUCCCAACUCUAUAAAACCAAACCCAAACCAAACCCUAAUAUCCAUACAAUCCAACCUCUCUAUCUCCACCACCACCAAAGAACCAAGAUCUUCUUCUCCAGAUUACGUUUUGAAUUUAUAUGGCUUCCCAAUAUCUAUAACUAUGUCUUUAUCUUCCUCUUUUCUCUGAAAGCAACUGCUCACAUUUGAUUCCUCCUCCCCAUAUAAAACCCCUUUUAACAUUUGUGGGUUCUUUUCGUUUUUCAAAACUAAUUAUGUGUUGAGAUUUGUUUUUAAUCAGAGCCUUGAACCGCUUAUCCAAAUCCAGAUAUUGUUUGGCUUCAUUUUUUUUUAUUGAUUCGUUUCUUUUUUCUGUGGUCAUGGCUAUUCCUUACCCUCGUUUUAUUGGGUCUGACAAAUCAACGGUGAAGGCGGAUCUAAUGGUGCCCAAACCGUCACCAUCUCGCCCACCGGUCAUUUUAACCCAGGACGAGCUCAAGAAAAUCGCGGCUUACAAAGCCGUCGAGUUCGUCGAGUCCGGUAUGGUCUUAGGAUUAGGAACGGGGUCGACGGCGAAGUACGCCGUCGAUCGAAUCGGCGAGCUUUUGCGUCAAGGAAAGCUCAAGAACAUAAUCGGCAUACCCACAUCGAGAAUGACCCAUGAACAGGCAGUGUCGUUGGGGAUUCCGUUGUCUGACCUCGAUUCGCAUCCGGUCGUGGAUCUGGCGAUCGACGGCGCAGAUGAAGUCGACCCGUGUUUGAAUUUGGUGAAGGGGCGAGGUGGGUCUCUGUUGAGAGAGAAGAUGGUGGAGGGUGCUUGCAAGAAAUUUGUGGUGAUUGUCGAUGAGUCGAAGAUGGUGAAGCAUUUGGGGGGUAGUGGGUUGGCUAUGCCGGUUGAGAUUGUGCCCUUCUGUUGGAAAUUCACUGCACAGAGGCUUCAGUUGUUGUUUCAGGACGCGGGUUGUGUUGCAAAGCUUAGAACUUGUAGCGAAAAUGGCGACCCUUCUGUGACUGAUAAUGGGAAUUACGUUAUUGAUUUGUAUUUCAAGAAAGAUAUUGGAUAUUUGAAGGCUGCAAGCGAUGCCAUUUUGCGACUUGCAGGUGUUGUGGAGCACGGGAUGUUUCUUGACAUGGCCACCACAGUUAUUAUUGCUGGCGAGCUCGGUGUCACCGUGAAAAAUAAGUAGGUAAUGGGAAGCUGGAGGUAGAUUUACUGAUUGGUGUUUGAAUGAGAAUCUAACAAAUUAGUUCUGUUGAAUUGGGGAGGUUAUUAUUGAUUAUUAUUGUAAUAGGGGAAGAUUUUAGGUGUCUUGGCAUCAGUUAAUAUCAUUUUUGGGGAAUUUCUCCUUGAAAUUUUGUUCUUGUUUUCAAAAGAUUUAAUGAGAAUGAGUAGAAAAUUUCUGAA